ACUCUCAGGAAAGAACUACUUAUUUGCUGAGGUAGAGCAAAGGCUGAGGAAGGCUUUGCCAAUUUGCAGCUGGGAAAAGGAGCACAGAGAGAAAUCGGAGAUGAUCGAAACUUAGAGAGAGAGGUACCUGAAAUCUUGCAUAGUGUGGAAAGGAGCUAGGAUGGGAGACACAAGACUCCACAUCCUGACAGCUGUUUACAACACUGGAACUGAUUGCUUGUUCUCUUAUUAAAGCCAAGGAAAGAUAAAGCCAGACAGGGUUUGGCUUGGGACAAGUUUGUCUGCUCCUAAUAGACCUAGGUACCUCCUCAGAUUCCUUCUCUCCCAAUUUUAACUCUUGAUGCGUGCGAGAGAUCAGCUCUCUCCCUAGAGGACUGAGCCCCUGGUUGGAUUCUGCCACGUUCUGCAUCUCCAGAGGAAGAGCGAUUGUAGCAGCUUUGGGUUUUCGUCGUCCAGCAUUGAUGAAGGCAAAAAGAACUGAUGGGGGCUGGUCAUUAAGGAAGGGGUCCCAUCACUAAGCUGAGGAUGAGCAGACCCCAUUGAGCACCCUUUGAAUUGUGCACAAGGGUUUAAAUGACAGAAGGUGAAAUCUCCCAUUGAAAAGGAACAAACCCACAACCCCCCUCCUGGGCUUAUGUGCUGUCAGCUCUGGCCUGAGCUACAGUUGCCCUGAGCCAUUUGACUUUCUAGGUUUCAUAGUUGAGUGAAUUUUAAUUGAGAUCUGAAGACUUGGUGGGGGUGGGGUAAAAUUUUAAAGGCAGAGUUGGGGGGAAAUCUCCUAGUCAGUUUCCAUUUCUGAAAGCUCUGUGGGGCUGAGCAGACUGACUUCCCUCUUCCCCCGCUUUGCCUGAUCAAACUGCGACUGUGGAUCAGAAUUCGCAAACAAAUAGAUCCAUGUCGGUUCAAUGUAUCCAACUUGAACAGAGGAUCUCUCCAGAGACAAGCGCGUUGGCGCGUGCUGAUGAUUUGACAUCGUCUACCAGAGUGGAUCAUCUUCAACAGAAGUAACUUCAAUAAGAAAGAAAGAGAAAGGGGGUGGGGGAAGAGACAUCCGUAUUUAUUACUUCGUUUUGCUCCUGGAGAGUAUUCAGCCUCGACUCAACACCCCCUUCUAAAAAGAAGCCAAAAUGAGGGGCUGGAUCUGGCUACUUGUGGCAACUUUACUGUGCCAGCAGCUCUCUCUCUUUCGAGUGAUGGCAGCAAAGAGAGAGAGAAAGAAGAUGAAAGAGCCCAAUCAAUAUACAGAGCCCUUCAAUGCAACCCUGUCCAACAGUGAAGAACUGCACGGGCAUCCCAAGAUUCUAGAAUCUCCAGAUCCUCGAAUCACAGAUCCGCGGCGCACCUGGAUCUCAUUUGUACAUCGCCCGGACGAUGGCAACAACUCCAAAAGGAAAUGCAAAGGGAGAGACAAGAAAUUACGUGGCCUUGUUGGGCCCCCAGGGCCGCCGGGCCCCCAAGGACCUCCAGGAGCACCGGGGGCCGAAGUCACCCAGGAAGUCCUGCUGCAGGAGUUCAAGGAGAUACUAAAAGAAACCAUUGAACGGCGGGCGUCUCUAGCUAGCUCAGCCCAUCCCAGCCAACUGCCCCCGCUCCUGCUGUCACUGGAGGAGACCUCGCCCUACAAACGGGUGGAGGAAGCGUUCCACUGCAAACUGAAAGGGCAGGUCAUUGUGGACAAGAAGACCCUGGUCGAACUUCAGAACUUCCAGUCGCCUUUGGCCAAAGGAGCUUUCCUCCGGGGAUCAGGCUUGAACCUGGUGACUGGGCGCUUCACUGCAACUGUGUCUGGCAUCUACCAGUUUUCAGCCAACGUCCACAUCGAUCACAGCGAGCUGAAGAGCAAAGUGCAGCUCCGGGCCAGAGACAAUGUCCGUGUGUUGAUCUGCAUCGAAUCCCUCUGUCAUCGAUACACAUCUUUGGAAGUUAUUGCUGGUCUGGAAAGUAACAGCAAGAUCUUCACUGUUUAUGUGCAUGGGUUGCUACAGCUACAGGCUGGGCAAUACACCUCUAUAUUUGUCGACAACAGCGCAGGAGCCCCCAUCACCAUUCAGAAUGGAUCGGAUUUCAUGGGCAUGUUUAUGGGCGUCUAACCUGGAUCCCCACCACAGGUUGGGUGGGGAAGGACAUGACUCAAGGAGCCUUGCAACAUACAUCUGACUGAACAACCCUUUACUCUGACCCUAGAGGACUGCUCCGUUACCCAUUGGCGUCUAUUUUUAAUACAGUGAAGUAAAGAGCCUUUCCUUUUGCAGACACUCAACUUGCUUUUCAAAGGCUGCUGCUUUUAAAUGUCUACAUCAGUUCUGCCUACAAAUAUAUUUUAAAUAUUAAUAAUAAUUAAAAAAAGAACUGUAUAUUAUUUAAAUUGUCUGUGCUUCACCAAAAGCUCACAGCGCAAUAUACCAAGGUCUGGAAGGGUUACAUUGUAACUAUCUGUAUAACACGAUUGAGCUUGUAUCCGGCGUGUCUUGGGGAUCGAUGGGUUUUGUUUGAGUUUCUUUGCAAACUGGCUAACAAAGCAAAAUAUAUAUAUAUGGAUUCUCUGUAUUUGGGAGGAAGAAGAUAGGGAUUUGCCAGCAAACUCUGCUGAUGUCACGCUCUGGACAAGUUGAAAGCCCCCACUUUCCGGCCUGCCUCCUGGAUGACUGAUACACAGCAUGCUGACUACUUUAUCUAACAUCAAGUCUGAGUGUUGCCCAGUGUAAUUCUGGAGGCCCAAGGACUGAAGCGACAUUGUUACUUUAUUUCCAAAUAGUUCCUUAAUCUCUUGACAAAGCUGAGCAUUUCAUGUUGGCUGCGUGAUUACUUUUUUAUGUUAGGGUAAGACAAACAAGCAAGGGCAACAGUUCUAGCCAACUCUCUGCUUCCCUUAUAUUCUUAUGUUUUAGUAAGAUAUAUAUGUAUUUUUAGUCACAUCCAUAUAUGCAGCAUCCCCUGGGCCCCACAUAUUAAGUUGUAAACACGGCAGGAGUACAGUUGCUGGUUGCCAACAGGCCUGGAAAAGGCUGGGGACCAGAGGCCCCAGACUGGCAAUGUGAAAGUUGUCUUUUUGUAUGGUGCUAAUUUGGUGGCGGAAUUGAUGAAAAUAUCUGAGCACCAAGGAGUGUAACUCCCCUCCCUAUAGAAGGCGUCGUUUACGACCCACCUAUUCCCUACUUUUAGGUGUUAAGUGCUUCAAAGGCCUUGUAAAUGUCACCUGGAAGGCACCAGACGAGAAGGUCACAGGAUUGGGGCUUGUCCAGACCCCAGUUUGCAAAGGUAGGUGCCUUAAUAGGUCCUGCACCUCCCAAAUUCCGGUGUUCCCUGGUGCUAAGGUGUGAAACCCUGACGCACAUGAAAUCAAUAGGAGUUUUGACUUCAGUGGGGCCAGGAUUUCACCCAUGAUCUGGAGACUCAGAUAACCUCUGAGGCACAUAAAAGCUCAUUGGAUGCACCUGGGUGUUGAUUCCAGCAUCAGUAGAUGGGACUUGGAUGUUUUGCUAAUGCAAACUCCAUAGAAAAAUGACCCUGUCAGAUGACUCUAAAGAGACACUGGCAAGGCAAAGAAUGGGAUCGAUGGGCCUUUUAACAUUGAUCUAAACUGAUAAGAAAAUAAAUGAGAGAUUCCAAAUACCUAGUUUAGGGGUCUUGUACUUGUCUAAUCUACCACCCUCCUCACCAAGCAAUGAACCCACCGAUGCCAUUUUUGUGAUACCCACAGAAACGCUGCCCGCUCCUCCCUCUGCUGGCUCUCUGGGAGGAGAUAAUCAAUGAGCCUCCAUGCUCCAGUGACACUGCAGCACACAGCUGAUCGAUUUAAGGCGCUGUGGGAAAAGUUGCGGUAGAACAGAAAUGGGUUCUUUUGUAUCAGCUACUUUCUAAACCCAGGGAGAAAAAUAUCCAGCGCAGAGGCGGCGGGGAGGGGGGAGAUAGUAUUUUCGGUUUGCUAGGAGUAUAUUAAAAAGCAAUAAAGAAUUGGAAAACCCGGGUCCUUUAAACACAGGCCCUAUUCAUCCCUGUAGUCGGCAGAGUUCCAUGCGGGGAGGAGUCUGUCCCAGGCCUGGCUACAGACAUAUGAGACAAUCUCUGUGACAGAUAUCAGCUGCCAAUGUGUGUUGUACACUGUUAUCCUCUCAGUGCACGCUGGUCCCUGGGAUCAGGCAACUGGUGGCAGCUCAGGCCUUGAUGGAAAUGAAUCAGUCAAGCGGUGAAGACAGACUAUUGACACUGCGUGAUUACAGAGUACAGGUAGCCCAGGCAAGUAGCCUAUAAGCCAACAUAUAUCCCUAGACCAUAUUUUAUAUUGUGUGAAUACUUGUACUCACCAGGGCUUUUUCAUGCUGCAGCAUACUCACUGAGUGUUGUGCCGUACCAAGUGGUGUUAUACCUAUGAAUCGUGAACCAUCGUCUCACUGAUCUUGGCAAAUUGGAGUUGAAAUAUUUAUUUUGUCGUAGAACUAAAAUGCUUGUUUGACUUGG